AUUAUAUGGUUAUGAAAAAGACAAGAAGAACUUCCUGGUUUAGUGAUCUAUUCAUAUUUAAAAGACGGAGCACUUACAGCAGUUAAAAGUGAUGCAGCGUUCUAACCUAGUGUGUGAAUAUGUGAAGGGGGCUACCAUUUGUUAGUAAAAGGUCUACUAAUAGGGUGCCUGUUCUGUCAAGAAUGGUAUUUGAAAUGCUAAGGGUUUUACCCCUGGGUGGAGCCUCCCCGUAUAAAGUUUUGUUGAGUACCCCUUGGGGCUUCUUUCUAACAUAUGACUUCAAAGUGUUAUAACCCUUUCUAAUGCUUGUAUUAAAAGAGUGAUUGUUUAAAGUGCUGACAUCUUUUUGCUAAAUUUCUUGUUAUACUAGCACGGUUUUCAUUGGACUAUAAGUCGACAGUCUCUUAGUCUCCCUCGCAGCUGUUUUUGUCUCGUCACGCAACGCUCCUGUUGGGGAGGAGCGUUGCAUGACGAGACGGGCGAGACUAAUAGUUUCUUUUUUAAAAGUAUUUUGAAAGAUUACUCCACCACGGACCCAUUAUUUACCUCGCUUUGCACAAUAUUUUCAGGCAUUAUGUACCUCCUCGUCGUGUUAAGAUGUGGGGAUUUUCUUUAUCUGAACUCCUCGCUGAUCCUCUGGGAAGAAGACACUUUACACGGUUUUUGGAGAAGGAAAUAAGCGCUGAAAAUCUAGGGUGAGAACUUUGCUCUUUCUUGUUAGUAUAAAGAUUUUUCCCCGUAAGGUGCUGUCAGUUUGACUGUCAAAUAGUUAAAGUUUGAGGUUUUUAAGUUUUCUGCUUUAUGAUUCGCCGAAAAGGUCUCGUGUCGCUUUGUCAACCAAUCAGGAGUUGAACCAGAGCAAAUCGUAAAUUGUUUUUAUUCAUCAAUCCAUGAAGCCUUAUAUUUAUUUAUUUAUUCAUUCAUUUAUUUAUUUGUGGAGGCGUGUGUGAACGAGCGCUUAACACCUCGAACUCCGGAUCUGGAGGUCGGGGGUAACCGGUUCAAGCAAGGAACAAGGAAGGAAGACAAGGAACUUUACUCCACUUCAAGGCUGUCAUUAAGGGCCGGGGACCGGGGAUUUCCCCCGGCUUCCAUGAAUAUAACCCCCGGCUACUUCCAUAGGAAAAUAGAAGAAAAUAGAACCAGAAGAAAUCCCUAACUGCUUAAUUUCCCGCCCACUUGUUGUAUUUACCUGGCAACUUGAAAUCAGUUAUCUUAGUGAAAGCCCUGUCUCUCUUCACCCAGGUGUGUGAAUGGGUACCGGCGACAUGCUGCUGGCGGGUAACCCUGCGAUGGAUCAACAUCCCGUCAAAGGGGAAUGGGGGGGGAGUGGCAAUACUACUAGGCAAGCUUCAUGCUAAAGAAACCGAGAUAAGCUCUGGCCUUUUGGGUCUUUAGCUCGUGUGCGCCUUUACCUUUUUUACCUUAUGUUAUUUUAUUCUUAACUGCACAGAGUGAUUACGUCACUACCAGAUCUAACGGUUUCAUGUCUCUAUACACUGACCGAAUAAACCUUUUAUUAAAAGUGAUAAAUCUGGCUUAAAGAAACAUUUAAAUUUACAUUGUGCAAAUAUACUGUCCUGUAAGCUAAUGCAUUUCGUUACUAUAUUCUGAUUGCCAUUUUAGAUUCUGGCUAGCUUGUGAACAACUGAAAGCGACGCCAGUGAAAAACGUCCCAAGUAAAGCCCAAGAAAUAUUUAAGUAAGUAGUCCCUGCUCCGUUUUACGGGUAUUAAAAGCUACUUUUAAGCUAAACGGAAAGUAAGGGAAAAAGGAAUCCGUUGUCUCACCCGAGAAUGGAACUCGGAACCUCUUGCACAGGCUGCCCACUAACCAACUGUAACAAUCCCUCUUCCUCGUUAAACCAUUUUGUGAAACACCCUAUGAACUAUUCAUUUUUAGACAUGAUGGCUUAAAAACAAUUGGUAAGACGAAAUAUUUGAAAAAAGGACUAAAAUCACUCUGUUUAUUUAUUUAUUUCUUUUCUUCAGUGAAUAUUUAUCUGAAAGUGCAACGUCGCCAAUAAACGUGGAUUGCAAGACCAGAGAAGAAGUGGAAGUAAACUUGAAACAUCCUGGACGAUACAUGUUUGACGCAGCCCAGGUAUUGCACAAAAUCCGAUAUUUUAAAAGCGCUUGUGAUGAAUUAACUGGUGUUCUAUGGAGAACGGGCGCUUUUUUUUGCGUUUUUCAGGCGAGCAAAGUACGAACAUGGCGUAGAGCCUUCCCCCACUGCGCGUGUCGUGCGCUCCUUGUUCGCUUCGCGCGUGCCUUCGCUCGCCUGAAAAUUGCGGAAAGCUAACCCCUCUUUUGCAGACUACACAGAGACUGGAGUGUUCUUGGUUUUUUCCCGCCUAUUCAGACGCCCCGGUAUUAAAGCCUGUCCUGUGAGUAGCAUUCCACGAGGACGUUCUUGGACGUUCUUCCGAACCGCCUAAGUCACUGACUGAAAAAUCAUCUUUCUGAUGUAUUUACCUGGCUCCAAAUUCACCAUCACAUUUCUGUCAUUCACAAGUCAUUCAAACCAAAAAAUGUCAUCUGAUUUCUCAACAAAAAUAACCAGCAACACUGUUCUACAUCUUUUUAUUAUUUCCAUUCCUAGGAUCACAUUUUCCAGCUGAUGAAGUCGGACAGCUAUCGACGUUUCAUCCGCUGUGAUCAAUAUAAGGAACUUUUAAAGGCUCCUGCUAAUAAACAGAAAAGGUUGGUUAGCUAAGGAAUAGCUUGUUAACUUCCGAGUGUCAAUUCCCGGUUUCCCUAGUCUAGACUAAAAUCAUCAAACCACUGAUAAGUUUCUUGGAAAAUUAUUAGUACCCUAUUCUAGAGUCCUGUCCACUAAUGCGUUUUCGAAACGAUAGAAUUGCAUGUUGUGAGGUAAGUUAAACUCUAUGCGCAUGCCACAAACACACGGGCCUGUGAUAUUUUCGGUCAUCUUUUUCAUUGUGAUGCGUUUUCGACCUGCUACGCUGAUACGAUAUGUAUGCGUUUUCGUUUUGAUCCACUUUCCAGAGCGUUUUUCGAAAUUUAUUGAAAACGCACACGGCCGUGUAUAGCCCAUAUAUGGCAGUAAGCCACCCGUUCCCCGUCCCUCCCCCCCCCGCUUUGGCCUUCCCAAGGAUCAAAUCAAUCCUGUAUUCAGACACGUAACACCCAGGAGCGCCAAAGUUCUCGUUAAAAGGUGUACGUGUAUACAAAUUUUUAAAAAAAUUUAAAAGUACACUAGUAACCUGUACAUUACUAGUAUUAAAAUGCUAACUGUAAAUUUACAAGCCCUACACUUAAUCGAUUACAUUUAACAAACGCAGAGAACGAGCGCAAAAGUCUUUGUUCAUGUUUUACUUAAGUUUUCAUUGUUGUUCCUUUUCAGCCCGCUUCCCACAAACCCACUGCAUAAUUUGGCAAGGAUUGCAGGCAUAUAAAUCUACUUUCACGGUUCGUGCAUGGCGGCAUACAUGUUCGCCCAUAGUGCCUUGUUAUAGUCAUUUUGUUCUUUAUGUUUUUUGCAAGCUAUAAGCUGUUAUCUGAUUUAUUUUUUAAUUGAUAGGUCGAAAAAACUAAGCUGCUUGUUAUUUUUAGGUUAUUUUAUAAAGCAUGUCAUUUAAUGUUAUUUCACUCUUAAACUCACUAAAACCCCUAAACAGUAUGGAAUUUCUGCGCUUGUUUCUCUGACGUCAUUGGCGGGGAAACCAGAGGUAGCGUCGCCAAAUGUCGGCUGUUUUUUCAGGCUACUGUAACUCUAGCAAGGUUGUCCCGGAUUUCAAUGUGCGUAAACUAGUUUCCUUUUCUGUGAUGUUUUCUGAAAAUCAACGAAAACAAUCUCUUCUAGCCGGGCGAUGGUAUAAAUUUUUUUUGCAGUAAUCAAUAAAGGGAUCCAUAAAAUAUUUUUGCUCGCUUAAGUAUACAAUACUGGCUAACAAAAAAAAAUAAUAAUUUGUUGGUCAAUUUGGUCGACAGAAUUUUCGAUUCCAAGUUAAGUGGUCUGCAUUUUUUACUCUGAAUUACUGCCGUAUAGGACAUAUUUUGACAUGGUUUUUCGCCAGAAAUCAAAAUUUCACAAUGCUUGUAGCGGCUACAGCUGUGGAAUAAUCCAGUAAUAACGGCUGUCUACAUAAAAAUGGAUUUUCACUGUCUCCAGGUCCUCCGCAAAAUUUUGACAACCACUCCCCAGUCUCCUGCUAGUGGGGGCCUGGGAGCUUGGUUGAAUUGUUUUCUUCAGGAAGUAGAAUUUGUUAUAAUUUUUUCUGUAUUUUUAUUACGAGCGGUGCCUGAUAAUUGUAAAUAGUGAGCGUUGUCUUUUCGUAGCCGUCUAUUGAUGGGCCACAAGAGUUUGUUAAAGCUUAACGACCCUACAAACGGCUUAAAACAGCAAAGCAACUUAGAGCCAGGGCCUUCUUGAAAAUGAUGUCAUGGAUCCGCUGCCAUUUUGAUUGGAUUGGACUACUGGACCCGUUUGCUAAAGCAACUUAAGAUAAAGUGAAAAUUUUCUGCAACCGUUUCCCUUAUUCUGAUUAUUUCUUUUACGUUGACGUUUAGACGAGCCAUUUUGAGCGUUGGCUCGAGUCUGGGUAGGUGUUGGUAUACUUGCAAUAUUCGCCACUUUAGAGAGGAGACUGGACGGAGUCAACUUUCGCAAUGACUUCUGGGGUAGCCUCCCAUGCAGACGUUCUUAGGGGUUCUUCACGCGUUCCAGGAACUCGUGACGAUCCCCUGAGAGCAUCUGCGCGGAAGGCUGAAGAACUGUUACGGGAAAUUCGUAUAUCGCAAUAACCCUCGCAGAACUCGGAUUUUUAUUAGCGUCACUCAAGUUAACCUCUGUGGGGCGGAGUAAGAAACUGGACGUGAGACCCGCCGCGAAUAUGGUCGUGAAGGUCCCUUCUUUGUUCUUUUUUUUUCUUCUUCUUCUUCUUCUUUCCGUAUUGCCCGGUUUUGUUUUUAAAAUUAUAUUGAAAAGCGUAUUGAACAUUAUUUCGGCCGCCGGAUUGAGAGAAAAAAAAUACAAACAGGGCAGUUUGCGUGCAAAUUUUCAUACUUCAGGGCUGAGUUGCUCAAAGCAUGGUUAGCUUUAACCAUUGGUUAAGCAGUAUCAAAACCAAUACGUUGUCAAGGUAUUAAACGCUGGUUAACGCUAACCGUGCUUCGAGCAACUGGGCCGAGGUCGUGGAACUGAGCUGAGACUGGUUUGGGAAAAAAUCUUGACCCAGUUACGUAAUAGCCAACAAAAGAAACGAAAAUGCCCCCGAAACAUUCUCAUAGUCCCAGCCCAGGCUCUCACGCCACCGCUCUCAGGGCCAAUAGGAAACACUUAUGGAGCAGGAUAAUAUACUAUGUCAAUUUAUCCACCUUGACGGAGAGAACAUGAAUUCGUUGAAACGUUUGCAAAAAUUUCCCACUUUAUCGAAAGUUGCUUCAUGCAGCCGUUACCUGGUUCCUUUUAAACGAAGGCUUCUCGCGAGUUUCUUAAUAGUCUUAAUACCGUGUGGCACGAAAUUUUGGCGGGUUCUAAUUUUUGUGAUUUUUCCAGCAAUCCGCAAAAAUAAGUUCCCGUAAAUAAAAAUUACCGUAAACAAAUUUUUCUAACUUACAUUCGCUACACAAUAAUACAGUACUAAGAAAUCAAGUCUGUUUAAUCACUUGUCUCUUUCAUUCGGAAACAAAACGGUAUACAACGAAAUACUGGUUUAUUGUUUGAAAAUGUGCGUUUUUAUUGCUCGUACUCAAUAAAAACGAAAAUAUUAUCAUUACUGGGUACUGGUACUUUCUGAAAAUCGCAAAAAUUAAUUCCCAGCAAGAAAAACCAAUCUUUCCUUAUCGCAAAAAUGAACUACCGCAAAAAUUUCGUGCCACACGGUAGUAGCUUAUUGUUAUAGAGAGAAGCCCAUAUGGCCCUUGUUAUACAUUCGAGAUACGUUGUAGCUCAUUGUUACACACAGAAGCCCAUAUAGGCUCCUGUUAAACAACUGCCGAUUAGCUUUUGGUGCCAACAGAAAAAGCUAUUCGUUGUAAUAUGAACACCUAUCGAUGUGUGACUCUCCUCUUAACCCUUUAAGCUCCAAGAGUGAUCAGCAUCAAAUUUCUCCGUGUAAUGUCGAUGCUUUGUAAAACUGAGUGGACAUGAGAAUUAAGGAUAUGAUCACACAAGAUGAAUUUGCUUGAUAUUUUAUCGACUUCUCCCCACUACUUCUAUAGGAAAUGAAUAGGGGCAACAAAUGAGAAUUUCAGUUUUGAUCCUUGGGUUUGAAGGGUUAAGCGAUCGGCGCGCGCAGCUUUACUCGGUCACAGAAAUCGCGGCCAAAUCACCGUGCUUAUGUGUGAACCGAAGCCCUUAUCCAGUGUGGUUAUCCUGCCAGCUUAACCCUUUAAGCCCCAAUAUCCACAUAUAAAUUCUCCAUAUUGAUCUUAAUACAUUUCUUUAAAGAAUUAGUUGAGAGAGCUUGAUAACAGAUCAAAGCAUUUCCUCUUUACUGGUCUUUUUAUUAACUCUCAUAACCAUUUCUCUUGGCAACAUGUGGAUAUUGUUAGGAGAAACUUGAUGUUGGUCACUAUUGGGACUUAAAGGGUUAAAAGCUAUCCUGUAUAGCGUGAACACGCCUCAGAUACGUUUUACCUUGGCAUAGCAGUUUCCCUAGUCCGGUCCAAGGUUCCAAAAUGCUUUGUUGAGAUAAACGCCACAUAACUUAACAGGUAGGAAAUUAAUAUAAUGAUUGUACGAUGAUAGAAAAUGAAUGGAACAUUGCUGUAUUAAGAGUUAUUACAGUUGUAAUUGUGUCAAUAACAAAAUGCUUGAAUCUGAUUGGUUCUUAACAGCCAAUAUUUAUAGCUUAACUUUGCUAUUGUAACUACAUAACUGUCAGAUUACCAGGAGCAUGUAAUCGGAUAGGUCAAAUCGGGCAGUUAAAGAACCAAUGAAAAUCAAGUGGCAAAUGCCACUAGCCAAUGAAAUUUGACUACAUAGCACGUGAUAACCAAUUAAAAUCAAUGAAAAAAUAGUGACCAGGUAAGCUGUCCUGCUUCAACUGGAAAAAAAGUGGAUUAAACUAAGUGGUCCAAUGACUUAUGUUUACAUUAAUAAAUAUUCCAAGACUGAGGUUCUCGCAUUUUGUUAUUGACACAAUUAAUUGGUAAUAG